AUGGAAUCCUGGAUUCUGGGUCUCUUUGUUUUUCUCUUUCUUGCAUCAGCAAAAACAAGCAAAGCUCGUAACAGUGCUAGCUUUUACUCUAACUACUAUGUCACCUGGGGAUUUGAUCAUGCCUUACCUAUUAACAAUGAAACAGAAAUCCAGCUUACAUUGGACCAAACUUCCGGGUCUGGCUUUGAGUCCAAGUGGAGAUACGGAUCAGGGUUCUUUCACAUCAGAAUGAAAAUACCAGACAAGAAUUCAACAGGGGUUCUUACAGCAUUCUAUUUAACUUCACGUUCAAGUGAUCACGAUGAACUGGACUUUGAGUUCUUGGGAAACAAUACUGCGCCUUAUACAUUACAGACAAACGUGUUUGCAAACGGUCAAGGAGGUCGCGAGCAAAGAAUUCAUCUUUGGUUUGAUCCCACUAAAGAUUUCCAUUCUUACAAGAUUCUUUGGAACCAGCAUCAAAUAGUGUUCUAUGUUGACAAUGUGCCAAUCAGGGUUUUCAAGAACAACAGGAAAAUGGGAGUAAAUUAUCCAAACCAGCCAAUGCAAAUAGAGGGCAGUGUAUGGAAUGCUGAAGGGUGGGCAUCCGGUGGAAAGAGAACUGACUGGAAUCAAGCACCUUUCAAAGCCUACUUCCGAGAAUUCGAUAUAAAUGGUUGCGUUUUACAUGAUUAUGCCGUUGAGAAAUGUUAUUCUUCACACUUUUGGUGGAACAGGGAGAAGUUUUGGAAGCUAAACCCCAAAGAUCUGAAAGCAUAUGAACAUGUCAGAACGAAAUACAUGUACUAUGACUACUGCUCGCGCUACUCUAAGCCUCCACCAGAAUGCAAAAGUAACCAGUAGAAUUUAGAUCCUGGUCAAAUGAUAUCACAUACAGAUAAAUAUUAGUAGCUUUUUUAUGAUAAUUUUCUUACAACUAUUGCACUUCACAAGC